AUGAUGGAAGCCGACACCCGCGUCGAGGAUUUUCUCGACGACAAGCUGCAGACUCCAGCCGACUUGGCACACAUCGAUACCCUCCUUAGCGCUGUCGAAUUACAGCGCAGCCAGCUACAAUCCCAGCUCGACGACGCGACCCGCGCCCUGGAUGAAGCCCGACGGGUGGCUGCCGACCGGUCUGCGGCGCUCGCUGCCCAGAUCGCCGAGUUUGACAAACUGCAAAAGGGCAUCGAUGUGCGUCUGAGGAUUGUCUCGGCGUCUGAUGCGCCUGAUGCGGCAGUUCGCAGGUUGGAAAGACCCCUGAAGCAGCUGGAGAGCGUUGAGCUUGCGUAUAAGUAUUUGAUGUUACUGCAGGAUGUGGAGGGUUUAAGAGAGGAGGCCAGGAAGUGUCUGCCUGGGGAUCCAAGGAAAGCUCUGGAGCCAUAUGGCCGUUUGAAGGAACUUGCGCUGAGGCUAAAGAAGCUGCAGGAGGAGGCAGAUGGGGCAGCUGUUUUCUUGGUUAGCCACGUCGAGACCGCUGUGGAUAGGUUGUGGGAGGAGAUGAAGGGCAUUAUGAGGACUGAGCUGGAGAGAGUGUUGGAGAAAAGGAAAUGGCCGGCUCAGGUGUCGCCGGAGAGCGAGAUUGAUGAGGAGUGGCUGCAGUGCUUCGAGAAGCUUUUGGACCUCCAGCUUCCCGAAAUACUCCAUGCUGCCAGCACGCCCAAACCAGAGGUGGUGACGUUGCUAGCCAUGGAUGUCAUGACUGACAUAUUUGUCAAGGAAUUCCGCUUCCACUUCCUCAGCGACAAGCCAACCAGCGCCCCGCAAGUCAUUGGGCAGCACUGCUUCCCCUGGGUGCUGAAUCUGCUUGAGAAGUGGGAGGACUUCUUCCGGGAUAACUUCUCCCCUUUGCUGGCAGCCAAGUUCGCUGACACACCAGCCGCUCGCAAGAUGGUUUACAUGGACCCAGUCUGCGCCUUCAUCUCCUCUCUUCUACCCGUCAUUCGCGAGAAAGUCACUCGCACGCUGGAGCAGACUCAAGGCGACACCGCCUUCCUAAGCAGCCUUCUCUCCCAGCUCAUGACCUUCGACGACCAACUGCGCUCCUCCUAUGCCUACGAUGGCGGUCUAGACUCCGAAGAAUGGGGAGGCCUAACCGCCGAGGUCCUCGCCACACACUUUCGGACUUGGCUUGAGGCCGAAAAGAUAUAUGCUCUGGACCGCUACCACGAAAUCAUGGCCACCCAGGAUUGCCGUCAAAUCGACUACGACUUUGCCGGUCCGGGAAAGACGAAGCCCACGUUUGGCGCCGUGCGCGUGACAGACUUGCUAAGGUCUAUUACCCAGCAGUACUGUCGCGUGCGCAAAUUCGGGCAUAAGCUGCGCUUCCUGAUCGAUAUCCAGUUGACUAUCCUUGAUGAGUAUCACGACGCGUUGCGGGGGUCGCUUGAGGCGUAUCUGAGCUUAACCUCGACUGUUGGACGCGCGUUCGGUGUGUCCAAGGAGCAGCUCGCUGCUUUGGAGGGGACCGGCGCUUUGGAGGCACUGUGUAAGGUUUAUGGAAGCGCAGAUCAUAUCGUAAACACGCUCCGGGAGUGGAGUAACGACGAGUUUUUUGUUGCUUUGUGGCAGGAGCUGCAGGAUAGGGCCAAGGCUGCCUCGAAGAACAACUCAUCUUCGGGAGCUGGUCAUAAGAAGAGGGAGAGCUUAAGUGUGGGCAUCAGUUAUGACCAAAUCAAAGACCGCACGUCGGCCGCGGUCGGAUCGGAUGAUGAGGAGGGCGUUUUGUUUGACGAGACUAUUGCGGCGUACAGCCAAAGGAGGAAGAGGGCUGAGGAGUUUUUGGCGGAUGCGCUGGUCGAUUCGCACAAGAAGGCUUUCAAGGCGUAUCUACAUCGGCCUAAUUGGAGCACCGUUGCUGAGGAUGCCGACCUGGCCAUUACCCCUGAGCUGGACGAGCCUCUGAGAAUCCUCCAACGCGACCUAGCCUUCCUCCGCCGCGCCCUGGGCACUGCCCCCCUCCGGCGCAUCUGGCGUUCGGCCCUGGACCGUCUCAACUCCAUGCUGUGGACCGACGUCCUUAUGAGCGCGCGGUUUACCUCCGCCGGCGCAGCCCAAUUCGCCCGCGACAUAAACGCCAUUGUCUCGCUCGUCGAGCGAUACCUUCCCGAUGUGGGCUCGGGCUCGUUGGCCGCGCUGGGCGAGGCGCUGCAGCUGCUUACUCUGCCAGCAAAACUGCCCGAGGGCCAGGAAGCAGGCUUGACCUUAAAGUCGGCCACAGACAGGGUGUUUACGGAUAAUGCGCAGGCGAAGAAAGUGCUGGAGGAGAUGGGGCUGGAGAUCUUGAGCCCAGCGAAUGCACGGCAGAUUUUGCAACGAAGGGUUGAGAAUGCGGAGUAA